CCAAAACAAAAUAAAAAGGAAGGAAGGAGUUUAGGUCAGUAGAUUAACAAAAUCUCUCCGCGCCGGUUUUUCUCCAAACUGCAGUCCCAUUAUGUACGGACAGCCACCGCCCUUCAGCCAUCGUGGCGGCGGCCGAGGGCAACCUCCGCCGCAACAGCAAGCACAGCCGCAUAUGAACCCUAAUUAUCUUCUAAACAACAACUAUUACCUCCAACCCCCAAACUUUCCGAUGUUCCCUAACUUUCCCGUAGAAAACCCCAACAUCCAUACCCAAAACCUUAAUUUACCCAUUGAAAACCCCAACUUUCAUAUGCAAAACCAUAAUUUUUCUAUUGAAAACCCCAGCUUCCAUAUGCAAAACCAUAGCUUCACUCCCCAUAAUCAGUUGUCAAAUAAUAGAGUGAUACCGCAUAAUGGAACUAUGGAAAAGAUCGAUAAAGCCGUUGUAAAGGCACGCCGUGAGCUCAUUGUCGCCGGAGAAAACGUGUCGGCGUUGAAGGUGUCACAGGCUGCCCUUGUAAUACUUCAAGCUGAUUCUUGGGAUUCACUAGGGGUUCAGAUGCAACAUGUACCCUGUCUAUACCGCCUUAUGCUGAUAGAAGGGAAGAUCAAUGCACUUAUCCAUUGCUUUGUUGAGGUCUGGAAGAUUACCACUUUAUUUGAUUUGGAGAUGGCAAUCUGCAAGAACGAAGGAGUUCAGCAAUUUGAAGAGCUUGAAUUGGGACCUCUCAUCAGGCAUCCUCUUAUAAAUCAUUAUUUUUGUGUGAGUUCUGAUUCAACAGCAGUGUUCAAAAUAUCUUCCAGAGAGAUAAUUUCUUUUCUUGUCGAAUAUAUGGACAUCCAUAAAGGCAAAGAGGUUUUAGUUAAUGAAUUUUUGGAUUUCAUCGCCAACAAGCGAUCAGUUGAUAGCAAGGAAAAGCUUCAUGUACGAAUCCAAAGCCUGGGGAUGCAUAUUACUCUUAUUCGGAAAGCAAAGCCAUUGGAAAAUGCCACAAUAAGCAAGUAUCUUGAAAGCUCUGGCAAACAGAAGAAAACUCGUCCUCUUUUCACAUCACAGAAAAAACAACUUGAUGAAAAUUUUGGUGCCAUAUCCCAACGCCUCAAGUCAUUUUCUUCCGAAAACGGGAAGCACAUACGAUUUCUAUCAAGCUCAGAAGAUGAAGGCGUUGAUGUUGAAAGCGAUGAAAAUGAAGAUGAAACUUGUUUGACUAGUCAAAGCAAAAGCAAAAGCAAAAGCAAAAAGUCAUCUCGAAAGAAGAAAAGAUCCAAUAGAGUUAGCACUUGUCCUUAUCCCUCUGUAAAUGAGGAGAAGACACGACUUGGAAUCACAAGUGAAAAGGAAGAGAAACCUAAUGAAGCUGUAGCAAGUGUGAAUAAAAAGAGAAAAUCUGAUGAAAUAGCAUGCAAUGAUUUUCGUACCCUCAAAUUGCGUAAAAGAGAUGUUGUUAUGAUGAAGAAUGUGAGCCUAAUUGACUAUGGACAUAUAGCUAAUACACUAAGUAAUGAAUCUAUUAUGUCAUUCGUCACUUUGUGGAAGGAUGCAUGCAAAGGGAAGAACGCAUCUGAGGUAUUCAUUCAGAUGUUUGAGUUCUAUGGACCCUCCAAACUUCCAAAGAAGAAAAAAACUAAAUCGAGAUCACAAGAGACAUCGAAAGAGGUUUUGAUUGGACAACUUUGCCAGUCCUACCCUUUACUUGGAUUAAUUAAUGUUGCGGUAAAGUCUAUACAAGAUGGAAUGUGGGAUAGCAUGUAUGACACUCUCCAAACUUUUGAUCAACAAAGUGCUGAAGAUCAUACUGAGAAUGCAACCAUACAGACAGAACAAGCUGCUAGUAAGCAAGUCUUAAAAGAACAUUGUGACGUCAGCCUUGAAGACAUUUUGAUGAAAGGUUCUGAAUUUUUCAAAGAUAAUCAUGGAACCCUUUUUAAAAGUCUUUACAAGUGUGAGGUAUGGCUAACUCAACAGUUUGGUGUUGAAAACUUUGAGUCUUUAGGACAUGGUGAUUAUCUCACAUUCCUUGAAAGAAACAUUUCUUCAUUGCCUCCUUCAUUCCAAAAAAUCUUUCAGAGUGAUGGGAAACACAGUAAGCCUUCUUUAGAGGCUUACAUGUCUAAUCAGCUAUUGAAUGUGCUAGUAGCACAAGCCUCAUUACAAAACAAAGAUUUAACCAAAAAGAAUGUUGUGGAGUUGCUUACAAAGCAAUUCCCUUUGAUACCUUUCAAAUUAGAUAAAGAAGGUUCUUUAAAAGCCCUUGAAAAUGUUGUGAAAGGCAACAAAAGUAAUCCGGUUUCAAAGGGUGUGCUUUUUUCAGCUGCUUUAUUAGGCCCUUCUGUGAACAAUCAAACACAUGUUUCCUCUAAAGAUGCAAUUGAAGUGUUAAUUAGGGCUCCAAUGUUGACAGAUUUAAAUACAUGGUCACAUUGGGAUGUUUUAUUCGCCCCUUCUCUUGGCCCUCUUACUUUGUGGUUAAUAAAGGAGAUUAAAGCGAAUGAGCUGCUUUGUUUGGUGACUAAAAGUGGAAAUGUGAUACGUAUUGAUCAUACAUCCACUGUGGAUUCGUUUCUAGAAGCUUCCAUUCGUGGGUCCUCUUUUCAAACAGCAGUAAAUCUUCUCUCUCUUUUUGCACUUUAUGGUGGUGAAAAGAAUAUUCCAUUAUCUCUUCUAAAGUGUCAUGCUGAAAAAGCCUUUAAGGUCAUAAUGAAUUAUGAUUCAUCAAAAGACAAAACUCAACUCAAUAACAAAAUACCCGUUGCAUCUAAGUUUAUGCUUGAAUGUCUAGCUUAUUUACCCAUUGAAUUCCGUUCCUUUGCAACCGAUGUAUUGCUUUCUGGAUUCCGUUCCAUUGUUAAAGAUGCUUCUUCAGUUAUUUUAAGUGAAUGUAGACACACAGAACACCGUGUAAUGCUUCAUGAAUUAGGGUUCUCUCUUGGUGUAAUGGAAUGGAUUGAAGAUCACCGUAUCUUUUCUGUUUCUGAUUCCAUUAAGUCAUCUGAAUUUGAUCAAAAAGAGGAUGCAUCUACCAGUUAUACCCCUGUUGAAAGGAAAGGAGUGUUGUCUACAAAAGGUAAUGUGAAAACAGAGGAUUGUCAACUAAAUGAUGUCAUUGGCAAAAAAAUGGAUCACAAGAAAGUGAAGAAGCAUUCAUCUAGAAGUAAUAAUGAAAAGGAAUCUGCCAAGAUUAUCGAGUCUAUUAGGCGAGAAGAAUUUGGGUUGGAUCCAAGUAUAGAGGAGGAAGACACUAUUUUGAAGAAACAACAUGCUCGAUUAGGUAGAGCAUUACAUUGUCUUUCUCAAGAGUUAUACUCUCAAGACUCACAUUUUCUACUCGAACUCGUUCAAAAUGCUGAUGACAAUGUGUACCCAUGUGAUGUGGAGCCAACUUUGACCUUUAUUCUUCAAGAAGAAGGUGUUAUAGUCUUGAAUAAUGAGCAAGGAUUUUCUGUUGAAAACAUCAAAGCACUUUGUGAUGUUGGCAAUUCAACAAAGAAGGAGCCUAGUGCAGGGUAUAUUGGUAAAAAGGGCAUUGGCUUCAAAUCUGUAUUCCGGGUUACGGAUGCUCCAGAAAUCCAUUCCAAUGGGUUCCAUAUCAAGUUUGACAUAACCAAUGGUCAAAUUGGUUUUGUUCUACCAACAAUUGUCCCACCUUGUGACAUUGAUCAUUUCAGCAAAUUGGUUUCCAUGAACAAUGAAAAACACUGGAAUACAUGCAUUGUGCUUCCUUUCAAAUCAAAGAAACACGAACCCUUUUCAGUUGAGAAUCUCAUUUCCAUGUUCUCUGAUCUCCAUCCAUCCUUGUUACUCUUCCUUCAUCGCCUCAAAUGUAUCAAAUUCAGAAAUCUUUUAAACGAUUCACUCGUUAUCAUGAGGAAAGAAGUUGUUGGAGAUGGCAUUGUAAACGUUUCUUUUGGGGAACAAAAAAUGACUUGGUUUGUGAAAUCCAGUAAACUUCAAUCCAAUCACAUUCGCCAUGAUGUCCAAACAACUGAAAUAUCAAUGGCUCUUAUGUUGGAAGAAGAUUUGGAUAAUGGAAACUACAUUCCAAAACUGGAUCACCAACCUGUUUUUGCUUUUCUUCCUUUAAGAAGUUAUGGAUUGAAAUUUAUAAUCCAAGCUGAUUUUAUUCUCCCUUCAUCAAGAGAGGAAGUAGAUGGAGAUAGUCCAUGGAAUCAAUGGUUAUUAUCGGAAUUUCCAGAUUUGUUCGUGAGUGCUGAAAAAUCGUUCUGUAGUCUCCCAAGUUUUAGGGAUAAUCCCGCAAAGGGUAUUUCGGUCUUUAUGAGUUUUGUCCCUUUAGGAGGGGAGGUCCACGGGUUCUUUUCUUGCCUCCCACGUAUGAUUAUUUCCAAGUUGCUUACUUCCAACUGUUUCCUUCUAGAAGGGGACAACAAGAAGUGGGUCCCACCAUGUAAAGUGCUAAGAAAUUGGACUGAUGAAGUUCGUGAGUUAUUACCCGAUAGUUUAAUAAAAGAGCAUCUUGGUGUUGGGUACUUGAAUAAAGAUACGGUUUUAUCAGAUUCUUUAGCAUGUGCUUUAGGGAUUGAAGAAUGUGGGCCCAAGAUUCUUCUUCAGAUCAUGACAUCAUUAUGUCAGAAACGUUCAUUAAAAUCAAAGGGAAUCAAUUGGCUAUGUUCUUGGCUAAAUGUUUUGUAUUUGAUGUUGGUCAAUGUUUCUGUUUCUGACCAUAGUGAUGAUGUCAUAAAUACCCUUGUUCAGUUACCAUUUAUUCUUCUCUCUGAUGGCAAAUAUUCAUCAAUUCAAGAAGGUGCAAUAUGGUUGAAUACCGAUAGAGUUGAUAGUAAACAUGGUCUUGAAGCUUUUAGGAACUUGCACCCCAAACUUCGAAUUGUCAAUUCUGCCCUUCUUAACAAUACUCAUGUUGAAAACAUAACGCAGAUGCUUUACAAAGUGGGUGUUCAAAAGUUAUCUGCACAUGAAGUUUUAAAAGUGCACAUCUUGCCAGCUAUUUCAGAUGAAAAAGUUGUUUCAGAAAGUAAAGAAUUGAUGACUGAAUAUCUUUCUUUUAUCAUGUUCCAUUUUGAAUCAUCUUGCUCUGACUGUAUUCCAGAAAGAGAGAAUCUACUCUCACAGGUGCGUGACACUGCUUUUAUCUCCACAAACCAGGGGUAUAAAAGACUUUUCGACGUGCCAAUUCAUUUCAGUAAAGAAUUCGGGAACCCAAUUGAUAUGAGGAAGUUGAUUCAUGGCACUGAUAUGCAAUGGUUUGAGAUUGAUAACAGCUAUCUGAAGCACCCGAUUUCCAAAUCCUUAAAUGGAGCAAAAUCAAAAUGGAGAAAAUUCUUGCAGGAGUUAGGGGUUACUGAUUUUGUGCAAAUAGUGAAAAUUGAAAAGCAAAUUGCAGAUAUCCCACAUACUAUUCUCAAGAACAUGAUGUUGGAUGAUGAUUGUAUAUCUUCAGGGUCCAUUGUGGAAGAUUGGGAAUCUCAAGAGCUAACAGGUUUGUUAUCAAGUGGUGAUAGGAACAAGGGUAAGCACCUUUUGGAGGUACUUGAUACACUAUGGGAUGAUUAUUUUAGGGAUAAACUUACGGGUUUUUGCAGCAUAAAUGGACAUAACAAGCCCUUUAAAUCUUCCAUUUUAAGAACCCUUCAUAGUCUCCAAUGGUUGGCUUCUAGUAUGGAUGAUCAACUUCACUUUUCCAAAGAUUUGUUUCAUAAUUGUGACACGGUUUCUGCAAUUCUUGGUGAUUUUGCACCAUAUGCUGCUCCAAAGGUUAAAAAUGUGAAGUUGUUAAGUGAUAUUGGGUUGAAGACUACAGUCACCCUUGAUGAUGCUUUAUCAGUUCUUCAAGUUUGGAGAACAUCUAAGAAACGUUUCAAGGCCAGCAUAUCUCAUAUGACCAAGCUUUACACAUACAUAUGGAAUGAGAUGAGCAUCUCAAGACAGAAGAUUAUGGACAAUUUGAAUUCUCAAGCUUUCAUAUUUGUUCCUCACUCACAUAAUUCCACAAACGAAGUUGUAUCCGGUUUAUUCUUAUCUCCUCAUGAAGUAUUUUGGCAUGAUUCCACCGGGUCAAUGGAACAAUUAAAGUCAACCGAUCCUAAAGUUGACCAAAAUUUGACUAAUAGUCCUCUCAGCAAGAUGUUAUGCAAUGUUUACCCUGGUCUUCAUUAUUUCUUUGUUACUGAAUUUGGUGUAGCUGAAAAUCCUCCUCUCCUUGGCUACCUUCAAUCUUUGCUACAAUUAUCAUCCACAGUUUUGCCAUCACAAGCAGCUAAAACAGUUUUCCAAGUUUUUAAACAGUGGAACGACGGAAUGGAAUCUGGGAUUCUGAGUUCUGAAGAUAUUGGCUACUUGAAGAAGAGCCUACACAAAAAGAAAACGACAAUACUUCCAACUGUACAAGAUAAAUGGGUUUCUUUACAUGAAUCCUUUGGUCUUUUAUGUUGGUGUGAUGAUGAACAUCUGAAAAAAGAAUUCAAGAACUUGAACAAUGUUGAUUUUCUAUCUUUUGGGGACCUUAAUCCUGAAGAACAACAAAUCCUUCAAGAUAAGAUUUCCGUCUUACUUCGGAAACUCGGAAUCCCUUUGCUUUCUGAGGUUGUGACACGUGAGGCAAUAUACUAUGGCCCAACAGACAGUAGUUUCAAAGCUUCAUUAAUAACGUGGGCCCUCCCAUAUGCACAGCGUUACAUUUACACCAAUCAUCCAAACGAAUAUUCUCAAUUCAAGAACCAAAAACUCCAAAUCAUUGUGGUGGAAAAUCUGUUCUACAAAAACAUCAUAAAAAGAUUCAAAAUCGAAUCCAACAAACGCCACGACUGCAGUUGUCUCCUACAAGACACCAUCCUAUACGCAACCCGCGAUUCCGAUUCCCACUCCCUGUUUCUCGAGCUUUCCCGAUUCCUAAUCCCCCGGAAUACCCAACUCCACUUAGCAAACUUCCUUCACAUGAUCACAACAAUGGCGGAAUCCGGUUCCACCCAGGACCAAAUGGAAUCCUUCAUUUCCAACAGCCAAAAGCUAUCAAACCUCCCAAGUCAAGAACCACCAUGGUGUCUCGCCGCCAUGUCAUCGCCGGAAAACGAAAUUCCAACCACCUCCGGUUUGCCAUUAGACCACCCUCCAAAGCCUGCUUCCGCCUCCAAGAAGUUUGGAACUAACUCGAGCUGGCCACCUGUCAAUUGGAAAACUGCACCAGGGUUCGAACACGCGUUGAAGACAAAACCGUGUAACAAAAGUGAAGUAAUCGAGCAUGAUGAUGACUGGAUCAUCGAAGAGAAUGAAACCUUAAACACAGCUCCAAUGAUCUUGGAGGAAAAAGACAAAUUGGAUUCCGAGUUGGAUUACAGAAAGAAUAACGAGUCAUCAUCAUCAUCAUCACAUGGGAUUGUGAGAGAACAGAUAAGUUUGGGCCCGGUGGGCCAGGGGACCCCACAACAGGUGAUAACGGGGAGGACAGGUGAAGAUGUGGCUUAUAAAUACUUCAGUGGGAAAUUUGGGGAGGAUAGUAAGAAGAAGGAAUAUAUUGAAGUUAAGUCGACUUCAAGUGUGAGGAAAGAUUGGUUUGAGAUAACAGUAAGAGAGUGGCAGUUUGGUGUUGAAAAAGGUGAUGAUUUUAGUAUUGCGCGAGUGGUUUUAUCGGAUGGGAAGUUGGUUCAGAUUACUAUUUAUAAAAAUCCGGUGAAAUUGUGUCAGGAAAGACAACUUACGUUGGCUAUUUUGUCAGGAAAACAGUAG